ACAGGAAGGUUGGAGACCAGGCACGCCUUUUCAUUCAACUUCUGCUCCUGCGCGGCAGAGUCUAACCUUGCAACACUACUUCAAGCGUAUGGGUUACUCGGAGCUUAAUCUUGCAUUACGCCGUACAAGCGCGUAUAUGGGGUGCGAUCCAGGGUGUGGAAGCUCUACAGCGGUCCAGACAUGCGCAUAAGUGGUUGCUACCCGAUCGGUUGGCGAAGGAUCUGCCAACCAAUCUGCGGCGACACUAUGCUCGCCCCAUUCAGCGAAGAAGGAGUGCUACUUCGCGCCUGCAUCUACAAGCAUCCAGGUCGCCUACCAGUCCCGUCAGGGUGCCGCAAGAAGAUGUCUCGAACCUUCUCCGGAGAAGAUCAGUGUCACGGUCAUACCGUUGCGUCCGAUACAAUGCCACCGCAGCUUGACCUGAACGAACCAAGACGUAUCAUAGCUUGCUCUUGCCGAAUGCGAAGCUGCAACGCUGCAUGCGGUACGUGCUGCUCCCGGCUUACCUGCUCACGCCAGUGCUUUGCCGGCCUUGGUUGGGGGAAGUGUGUAUAUGUCCUUGCCGAGCUGAUGCUUGCCGGUCACGAAACGGUAUUGUUCGUGGGCGGAUGCUUUGAGAGCGGUAUGGCAUCUUCCAGAUGCAGCGCAUGGAGUACAGAUGUCGUUAAGCACAGCAACGAGCACGCAGAAGAAGGCUGGCUGCACAAAAGACUUGCCCUCUACUUUCAGCGUUGAGACGCCGGGCGAUGAUGUCUCACUAUGGUGGCACCCAGAUACACCAGCCUAUCCACCACGGAGCGUGGGUCAUGGACUGGACGGCACACAACAGUCGCUUACCUUGUGCUUACAUUGGGACAUUGAUACGACCGUACGCGAGAUGUGCCUUCCACUCAACACGCGAGCUCGGCUGGUGCCGCCGAAGCUUGGCGCGACCAGGCUUCCGCCGGCGCGCCUUCCACCCUCCACGGCUGCAACGAACCACACUCCUCGUCACGGCCCCAAUAUUGUCACCCGACACGGAAUACCCACGCCGAUAUGGAUGCCACGGAGGGUGCA